AUGUGGGUUUCCCUUGUGGCGGCAAUGGCAGCAGUGGCCACAGCUGAUCUACCCACUCUGCCGCCACUGCCCAGUGCGGCGGUCAAGGAGGCCGCGGCAGACGUGGGCGAUGCCGUGCCCACGGUGCCACCGCUGCCGGAUGCCUUGCCGACGGCCGGCGAGGCAGCCACUGCAAUCACUGAUGCCCUGCCUACAGUGGAACCUGAGGAGGACACCUCCAUCACCGGGCAGGUCUCCUCCAAGCUCUCAGACAUCCAUAAGAAUGUCCAGCAGGUCUUCUCACUCGGGGAUGACAACAACUCGGGGAAGCCCCCCUUCAUAAUUGCGCUGGUCCUGGUGGUGGCCGCCGCCCUUUCCCUGAGGGUCUUCGCCCACUACUCCUUCAAUGACCACAACAACGCGGUGAGGGAGGAGAAGAACAGGAAAGCUAAGUCCAAUGCGGCUGAGAAGGAAGCCCAACGUCAGGACGCUGAGGAGGCAGCUUGGCCGGUGCCUGCGGCGCCGGGGCCUGCGGCCAUGCCGGUGAUGGGCCAACCGCAGAUGCUGAUGGGCUCCGGGGUGUAUCAGCAGCCAAUGGUGGUCUCGGGGUAUCAAGCUCAGACCGCGAGCCCCACGGUGAGCGGCGUCACCUAUGCGCCAAUGGGAACCCAACCCUAUGUGAUCCAACAAUGA